AUGAGAGUUUAUGGAGGAAACUUUUCUGCAAAGGGAGAAACUGAAUUCAAUGAACCUUCUGUUGUACAUGGUGCCAGUAGAUGUAGUGAUAUUGCACUUGCAAGAAAAGAUAUCAACAUUGUGUGGUACCUACUUUUCAACUCUCCAAUGACAUAUUGUGUAAAUUUGACCAAUUUAUUGAAUUUGGAUCAUGUGUUGGGAAAUUCAAAAGGAGCAGUGGCUGUUGCGGUGUUGAUUUUGAUAUUCAAGAAUCCGGUGUCGGUAACAUUUUUUUCUUGGAUACUUGCAGAUGGUGAAGAACAUGGUGGAAGAAGAGUAUUAUACUUGAGGUUAGUAGUGGACAAAGGAGUUGCAUUGGAAUCACUAAAUCCUCCAAAAGUGGCAGAAAAUCCGGAUUGGAAUCAGCAUCUUAUGUUCUCAGAAACCGGAAACAAUAGAACAGCUAGUGUGGAGCUCAUCUCCAUGAUCUUAUUCACUGUUGCUAUUGGCUUAAUGUGGGUAAUGGGUGCUGCUGCACUUCAGAAGUAUAUUGGUGGUUUAGGUGGUAUUGGUUUGUGCUUUCUACAAAUGUUCAAAAAGUUAUAUUGGUUUAGGUGGAAUUGA